AUGACCUCGUCCUCCAGCGAAGAAGUCGUCACCCUCCCGGCGCCAUCGCGAAAUCAAGUCUACGUUACCAUAUCCGCCCUCGAAGGCGGCCAUCUGACGCUGCCUGAAAGCCUCUUCGUCACACCAGCCGACCCCGAAAAGCGUAGCACUGUUCCCUCUCUGUGUUUUCUCAUUCAACAUCCGCCUUCAAUACAAACCCUCAAUCAAAAAUCCAAAACCACCAAGCUCAUCUUCGACCUCGGCCUCAAGCGUGACUUUUCCGGCUACCGCGAAGCCCAACAACACCACAUCGCCCAGCGCCAACCUACAACCGUCUCCCCGGACGUGGUAGAGAGUUUGCGAAAUGGCGGCCUCUCACCCUCAGACAUCGACGUCGUCGUCCUCAGCCACGUCCACUGGGACCACGUCGGCACACCCUCAGAUUUCUCCAACGCAGAAUUUGUCGUCGGCAACGGCACUCUACACCUCCUCGCCCACGGCGGCGGCCCCUUGUAUCCCGCUGCCCUCUUCAACGCCGAUGAGCUCCCGCACGACAGGUCAAAAGAACUCCCACCCGUAACCGAAAGCAAGGAGUUCGCCUCCCACACCCACGUCACAGACCACACAUGGCGUCCCCUCGCCGGCUUCCCUGCUGCAAUCGACUUCUUCGGCGACGGCUCGCUGUACAUCGUCGAUGCGCCGGGGCACUUGCACGGCCACGUCAACGUGCUUGCGCGCACAGCGCCGGGGAAGUGGGUGUACCUUGGCGGUGAUUGUUGUCAUGAUAAGAGGAUACUGAGUGGGGAGCGGGAGAUUGCGUUGUAUGAUGAUGGGAGGGGUGGGCUGAGGAGCGUGCAUAUGGAUACGGAUGGGGCGACGAGGACGGUGGAGAGAGUGAGGAGGUUACUUGGGGAGAGGAAGGUGACCGAGGAAGGGGGUGGGAGGGUCGAUGUGGAAGUUGUGGUAGCGCAUGAUGGGGGGUGGAGAGAGAGAAAUGGGGGCAGGUUCUGGCCGGGGACACUGUAG